GUUUGUUUACGUGUAAAAAUGGCGAAUCGAUUUUCACGUGAGUUCAACAUGUACUCUAUUUACUCUGCAAUAUUAGUUAGAAUGUUGAAGAAAAAGUUUUGCUAGUGGCAACGACGUCCAUGGUCAUUGCCCAAUAUGCAAACUCAAAGAUACAUCUGGGCGUCAUUUGUUACAGUUUUAGGGCUCUCUUUCUUAGUGUUUUGUUCCAAUCUUACUUUGUUGACAUCUGAGCAAGAAGAUAACAACAUAUGCCAAAAAUACCCAAAGAGUUUAGUAGGCACGGUUCACCCUAAUCUUACGGAUACAUCCUAUAAAGACAUGGAGUUCAGAUUUACAUGGGUGCAAACAGGAGGCCACCAUACACCCACAAGAUGCAAACCUAGGGAACGGGUAGCCAUUUUAAUACCAUUCCGCAAUCGGAAUAACCAUUUAAGGAUAUUGCUGAAUAAUUUACAUCCAAUAUUAUAUCGUCAGCAACUAGAGUAUUCCAUAUAUGUUUUGGAACAGGCUGACGAAAAACCUUUCAACAGGGGAAAGCUGUUCAAUAUUGGGUACCUAGAGGCAAAAAGGGACAACCAUACUUGUUUUGUCUUCCAUGAUGUUGAUCUCAUUCCUGAGAAUGAUCAUAUACUAUAUGGAUGUGUAAGGAGUCCCAUGCAUUUGUCAAGAGCAGUUAAUACAUUCAACUACAAAUUACCUUACAAAGAAUUGCUUGGAGGUGUCGCUGCCUGGAAAACAAGAGAGUUUGAACAGGUCAAUGGCUGGUCCAACUUGUUUGUGAACUGGGGUGGAGAAGAUGAUGAUUUGAGCUACAGGACAAUAGCAAACAAAGUGUCAAUCUUUCGUUUUCGGAACUCUGUGGCAAGGUACACAAUGUUGGAGCACAGACGGACCCCUGUUAACACUGCGAGACACAGGCAGUUACAGGACAGCUACACGCGGUAUAAGAUUGAUGGUUUGUCAUCAUUGGUAUAUGAAAGUCCUAGAAUCCAACGUUAUCACUUAUUCACCAUGGUUUCAAUAAAUACAUGAAAAUCCUGUUCUGAAAUGUUUUCUACUAACAUACUUACAUAUAAAAAAAGAUAAAAUUUGUACAGCUUGAAAAUGCUCCUUUAUUUUUGAACAAAGCGCAAUGACAGGAUAUUAAAGUAGAAAUGUUGAAGAUUAGACAUAAAAUGUUUUAUAUGUUUUCUUACUGAAAGCCCUGUUCAGUGAAAUACAUUUGAUUAUCUUAUCUUAAUGUAUAAUAUGAAGAAAAAGAAAGCAAUUUAAUAUUGAACAUUUGUCAUUUCUUUGCGUUUGUGAGUUAUUGUUUUGGCAAACGCUUAACAAGGGAAAUGUUACAUGUACAUGUACAAUCUACAGUAUUGAGAAUAUAGAUUUUGAUGAUAGAAAUAGAUACGCUGAAAUAUUAAUAUCUGCCUUGUGUAACCUAAGAAUAUAUUUUAUUUGACUCU